UGUGAACAAGAAUUCGCAGCCAAAAAUCGUCCUCUCGAUUAAACCAUCUUCAGCGACGAGAAGUCUCGAUUUUGAAGCGCAAGAAAUGUAUUGACCACAAUGACUUGAACGAAAACAUGACGCGCCAGGUCGGGUGCCGGCACCUAGCCGCCUCACCAAGCCACGGCCGAACCUCUCGUAAGUGCGAUUACGCCAAUGUGCCGCAAGGGGAUGACAAGCCGGACGGAUUGCCCCUGAGAAGCGCCGUCUUGCGGGAGAACGGGCGAGGCAGCUCGUUUAAAGAGAGGCGCCUGCUACCACUUUACUACAAAUUGCUGUGCAGACCCUCACACGGACCGCAGCACAGUCCAAAAGAGCCAAGGCCUGACACCACAACAGUAAUUCUCAUCCCGCAUAGCCUCAAUCUUCCCGUCAGCAACCACACCAAGGGGUGGAACCCCCUGUCUUUCAUUGUCCCCCCACGCACGCGAUCUGAUGUUGCUUCUGCAAGCUGCAAAAGCUACAAACCCCAGAUUGUCAGCGUUUGCUGCACGCAAACACCCUUGUUCAAGUCUCUCUUGGCAAUGUCGGAAAUUACUGUCGCUGGGGUAAGACGGCUCAAGCUCCCAAGGCGCGUACCCAAAAUAUCCGUCGAUGGAGGACUCCACAAUUCAGGCACAACGAACAAGCACCCUGCACCUCAUCAUGCAUUUGCGUCUGUAUAUAUCCACUGGCAACACUUCUCCUCCCAUCAUUUUCAAGACGAAAAGUCAUGCUUAUUCCGACAAACCGGACCAUCACUAUCCACUAUCAGGUUCUGGAAGGCUUCCGACUGCCUACGCGCCUUUCCAUAUUCCUCGUGCGCCAACGACUCAGCGCCAAGGAACACUAACAAAAGACAAACAUCGACGUCGACACCCGACUGACAGAUUCACUGACAGAGGAAAGUCCGCAGCUAUUUUCUUUUCACCCUCUUAGACACCCCUAGAAGAGUAGAAACCUCACAAGCAGAACCUCAUUGAAGCUACAAUGCUUCCCAUAACGAUACUAGCCAUUGGCCUCCCGGCCCUGGCUUAUGCUCACCCCACAGCUUUCGACGCCGAACCUGCCCCAACACUCGAGCGCAGAUUGAGGCUCGCAUCGGAUGCAUUCGAACUCAAGCCCGAAGACCUCGUCAAGCUCAGCGUUUGCAAAGAUUCUCAAGGACAACUCAAGUGCGAGGAGAGGAAAACCGGACUUCUAACCACGCCGACAUUUUCUUUGAUCAGCAAACCGCAAAGUUUGCAGCCCAAAGAAGAAAGGCUGCGCUGCACUUAUACUGACAAGAACUCCAAGAAGGAGGAAAAGAAAUGGGUCGAGGGUGACGACGGCAAAUGUACUAACGACAAGGAUGUCAUAACCAAGGACACAUGCACCAAGGACAAGGGUAAACUUGUUUGCCAAGAGAAGGCGCCCGAACCGAUCAGCAUGUUUAACCGCUUUCCGAUGGGAAUUUCCAUACCUUUUUGGAGCCCCCCAAUUGCCCCCAAGUCCACCCACGGUCUGGUUUGCGUGGUAGACAAGGGACAGGAGGCCGCCAAAAACGCGACCACUUUUAGGUUGAUCAUCAAGGAGCAAGAAACUUGCAUUCCCGAGAAGAAGCCGCUACCAGAGAUCACCAAGGCCGAGUGCGAAGCUGCCAAGGGCAAGCAGACUUGCAUCAUGGACAAGAAGACUGCACCACCAGGAUCCAAGGAGGCGCCGCCGCCAGCCACCCACCGCUGGAAGUGCAGUGUGCCGGGCAAGGAUGGGGCCAAGGCCGAGGACAAGAUGAUCAAGGGCGACGAGGGCAAGUGUGAGAUGAAGGACAUGCUCGUCAAUGGCGUCAAGCCGGACAUCACGCUCAAGGAGUGCAAGGACCGCAACGGAACAGCACCCUGCCUGCCCGAGAACCAAGUCUUCCGCUGGACGCUCAAGUACGAGAGGAACAAGUGCAACAUUCCUCCGACCAAGGUCAACGGCACCGACGGCGAGGUUCGCAACAUCAAGACCAGCGAGCGCAAGUGUACAUAUGAGGAUGCGAAGAAGGACAUCGACAGCAUGGAGGCCGAGGCAAAGAAGAAGGCCGCCAACGUGCCGGGUGUGAACCCCAAGAACCAGACCGUCGCCGCCACUGCCGAAAUGACCAAGAAGGAGUGCCAGGACAUCAAGGGCGCCAUGACCUGCACCAAGAAGGGCGACGCUCUCACCUGGCGCUGCAGGAUUGCCUACUUUGGCGGCAAGCCCAUCGAGGAGAAGUGGAUCAAGGGUGAUGAGGGCAAGUGCACCGAGGCAGACACCAAGAAGGACGCCAAAAAGGAGGAGCCCAAGAAGGAAGAGCCCAAGAAGCCCGAGAACAACGCCACAAACUCUACUGCGACCUCCACCACCUCUGCCUCGGCUCCUACCCCCACUCCCACCCCCACCGGUCCUGCUAUCGUCACUCGCCGCGGGAUCAAGCCCACCCUCGCCGGUCCUCCCACGGGGCCCUUGACACCCGAGCUUGGAGAUGACAUGGCCAAGCCCGUUCCUUUGUCGAUGCCGCCAAUCGACCUCGAUAUGCUUGACCUCGCGGCAGAUUUGCCAGGCCUACCCAAGUCCAGCAUGCUCGAAGACGCACCUCUGCCUGGAUUUGAUGACAUGCCUGGUGAUGAUGUCCCCUUUAACCUGCCUCCCCCUGCUGGCCGCAUGCCCGCCGACAUGGUGGACAAGCCCGCAGCCGCCGACCUGGAUGACGACAAGACGGUCAAGAUUGCCAUCCCCAAGGGCGACCCUGGCAAGCAGGGACCCAAGGGCGAGCCCGGCCGACCUGGACCCAAGGGCAAGGAUGGCAUGCCCGGACCCAUGGGCCUCCCCGGAAAGCCCGGAAAGGACGGUGAGAACGCGCCCAUCGUGAUCAUCAGCACCGAGAUUGAGAAGCCCAAGGACGUGAAGAAGAAGGGCGGACGCAAGCCCCUCUGGAUCACCCGUUCCGAGUGCAAGGCUCAGCAGGGCUUCGAGACUUGCAAGAAGGGCAAGAAGAUCUGCCGCAUCUCCAACGGCAGCGAGCUGUCGGAGCCUCGCCUGGGCGGCUCCUGCGACAGCGCCGACGCCGACGAGCACCACGUGGAGCUUUUCGAGGGCAUGUCCCGGCGCGCCAUGGCCAAGAUGCUGGCCAAGCUGCUCAAGAAGGAGCUGACCGGCGGCGGCAGUGGCGGCAAGAAGGGCGGCAGCAUCGGCAGCAAGUCUCGCCAGGGCGGCAAGAAGCUCAAGAACAAGAUGAAGAAGAAGCUCGGCGGCGGUCGCAAGUUCCACGACGGCAAGACCAAGAAGUCGGACUGGGUCUACAAGCAAUCGGCCGUCGACGACUGCGACAAGCUCGACGGCACGACGGGCUGCCUCGACGGCCGCGUCACCUGCAUGUUCAAGGGCCGCAACAACAAGCCCCACAUCAGAAAGUACCAGGACACGUGCGAGUGGCGCCUCCGCAACGACAGCUGGAGGAGCAAGCACCAAGUCGAGUGAUUUAUUUUGAAGUGGGUACCACAAAGAUUUUCUUUAUUUCCUUUGUCUUUGCGACUUUUUUACUUUUUAUUUUGUUUACAUGUUAUUAUUGUAUUUGGUAGCCUCUUUGCAUUUUACUGGCGCUUGGGGUUUUUUUUCUUUCUUUUCUCUUUUCUUUACCUAUUGCAUUUGGGAAAAGGGCGUUUACUCGGAUAUACCACAUGGUUCUCGGCGCAAAGAUAAAAACGGGAUCUUGCAUAUAGCAUAGCGCGGCGUUGCUUGGGCGUUUGGUUUUCUCGGGAUUGGGACGGUUCAAAUUAGCUUUUUUUUUUGCGUUACUCAUCUUCUAUUCUCCGUCUCAUCAUCUUUGGAUGACGGAUGGCCUUAUUUUUACUUGGCUUCAAAUGAAAGCGUUCUUAUAUUACUUUAUUUCCGUG